CUGCUUUAGACUUUUCUCGCUCUUCGUCUCCUGGGGAUAGGGUUUCGGAAAUGGAGAAUUCGGACGGCGUGGCCGGCGAAGGGGCGGAGCCGGGUCCGGCGGUGACGACGACGGUGACAGCCGCCUUGGAAUGGGGAGGCCUGCUGGAUUUCACCAUCUACGACGACGGCCCGCUCUUCCUCCCCUGGGACGGCCUAGAGGACCGCCCCCAAGACGACGCGGCGGCGGCGGCGCCGCCACCGCUUCCUCCGCCUCGUGCGGCCGGCAGCGUGGAUCGCGUCCGGAAGCGGGACGUCAGGUUGGUAUGCUCGAAUUACUUGGAGGGUCGGAUCCCUUGCUCGUGCCCAGAGGCGGAGGAGGCGGCGGGGGAUGAAGGGGAAGGGGCGGAGGUGGCGGUGCCGGGAGUGGAGAGUAGUAAGGGAAAGAAGCGGGCGAGGACGGGGGGGCCGUCGAUAGGGCCUCUUCGGUGUCAGGUGCCCGGGUGCGAGGCCGACAUCGGCGAGCUGAAGGGGUACCACCAGCGGCACCGGGUGUGUCUCCGGUGUGCGUAUGCUCCUUCGGUUGUUCUUGAUGGGGAGCCCAAGCGGUACUGUCAACAGUGUGGCAAGUUCCACAUAUUGACAGAUUUUGAUGAGGGUAAGCGUAGUUGUAGGAGAAAAUUAGAGCGGCACAACAAACGAAGGCGGAGAAGACCUACCGAUCUUAUAAAUAUUGUAGAAGAGGAUAAGGAACAUCAAGGAGACAUUUCAGUGGAUGAUAAUUGUGCUGGUAAACCUAGGAAAGAGACAAUAGAUGGUUUUGCAUGCGGUACAGUUGAGACAGCUGUAAGCAACAAACUGAGGGAGAGAGAAACACUAUUAGAGUCUGAAGAUGGGCAUGGUUCUCCAUUUCAUUCUCUUAGUAGUUUCAAUAAUGUUCAUAGCAACAGCAUCAUGUCUUUCACCACAUCAGAUGAAGCCCAGAUAGACGAAAAAAUUGAUAAUUCCCAAUCUGGCCUUUCAACAUUUUGUGACAAUAAGAGUGGUUAUUCAUCUGUGUGUCCGACAGGUCGUAUAUCAUUCAAGCUUUAUGACUGGAACCCUGCAGAUUUUCCGAGACGACUUCGCCACCAAAUAUUUCAAUGGCUGGCAAGUAUGCCUGUUGAGUUGGAGGGUUAUAUCCGUCCUGGAUGUACCAUGUUGACUGUAUUUAUUGCGAUGCCACACUUCAUGUGGGAGAAGCUGUCUCAGGAUGCAGCUGGCUAUGUAAAAGACUUGGUAUGUGCACCAGAAAGUUUGUUUUUGGGAAGAGGCAACAUUCAUAUUUACCUAAAUAACAACAUUAUUCAAGUUUUAGAAGAUGCGACUUUGUUAAAUAGCAUCAGGAUGGAGGUGCAAGUUCCAAGGCUUCAUUAUGUGUUUCCUACUUUUUUCGAGGCUGGCAAACCUAUGGAAUUCAUAGCCUGUGGCAGUUAUCUUGACCAGCCUAAAUUCCGAUUUCUUGUGUCCUUUGCUGGAAAGUAUCUUUCAUUAGAGUCUUGUCAUGCCAUGUGUCAUAAGAAGAUCAGUGAAUGCAGUGGAAAUGGGGUGGGCUCUAUUUCAAGCACAGAGCAUGAAGUGUUCAGGAUAAAUAUAACUCAGACAGAUUCAGAAAUUUUUGGCCCUGCAUUUAUUGAGGUCGAAAAUGAAUCUGGAAUAUCCAACUUUGUCCCCAUCCUCUUUGGAAACAAGCAUAUAUGUUCUCAGUUAAAGAGGAUGCAUGGAGCAUUCUCUGAAUCUCUCUGCGCAGACAGCAGCAUCUCUCAGACCAUUGAUACUGUUGCAAAUCCAGGCUUUUGCAAGGCUCUCGUGUUAAAGCAAAAUUCAAUAUCUGAGUUACUUUUGGAUAUUGCAUGGUUGCUCAAGGAACCACGGUUAGAGGAAACAGAAACACUCUUGAGUUCAACAAAUAUCCAUAGAUUAACUUGUUUAUUAAGAUUUUUAAUACAGAAUGAGGCCUUCAUUUUUUUGGAAGAGAUAUUACAUUUUCUGGAUGUGAUUGACUGGGAAGGCUUAGACGACAGAGUAGAUAAAGCUUUAGAUGUGGAUUUAAGGCUUUUCUUGAACUAUAUGAACCAUGCAAGGGAAAUUCUGCAUCAGAGAAUUCCACAUGAUGGGAAAUCAGAGUUAGAUAUAAUAGACUCCAUUUCUAGAGCUUCCAUGCCACAAAGCUAUGCAAUGAAUGAUGGGAAUAAUGCAGUGCCUUGUUUGAACCAAAGUAUGGAGAGAAGGGACAAAGAUGGUUCAGGGUCAACAACAACUCCAGCUACUCAAGCAAAUGAUGAAACUGUACCACUUCUAACUAGAGAUGGAAUAUCUGGACAGAUCUGCCGGCUGAAUUCAGGUACAAGAUGGACAUCGGAGUCUUGGGGCAUCUUCCCUAGCACAAGGACUAGCAUUCGCGCUGCUUUAUUUAUAACAGGGAGUGUUGUACUGUGCUUUGUGGCAUGUGUUGCCCUUUUCCACCCUCACAUGGCUGGGGAGUUUGCAGAUUCUCUAAGGAGGCUUUUAUUGACUAGUCGGAAAACGUGGAAUUGAAGACAGCUUUCCUUUGCCAAGUUGCACAUUGUACAAUUACCGAACUGUAAGUACCAGGCUAUUAAAUCUGUUGAUGAGUGGAGCAGCGGUAUAAAUGAAACAAAAUGCAUUCUCCAA